GUGAAAGAGGAAUUGGGAAAAUUACUCGGAAACCCUUGCAUUUUCGAAGCACCUCAUUUCACCGCAUCGUCAAGAACUUCAUGGUGCAGGGUGGCGACUUCAGCGAGGGUAAUGGGAGAGGUGGCGAAUCAAUUUACGGCGGUUUCUUUGAAGGUGAGUUUGCCUUGCUCCGUUACAGCUGCUGGCUGCAAUUGACACUGUCAAAACAUCUCCUAUCCUCACUUAUGCACACAACACAUGCGCUAGCGUAAAUGAAAUUGAUGGAUGUUAGUAUUGGUCGGUGCAUAUCCUCAGCUGUGUGUUUAAUAUCUGGUGCGUGCGCACAGUCUAAAGGCCAUUACCAGCGAUGGUAGCUUUUGUGUUAGGUGGAAACUUCUUAGCACCUCUGACAUCUGUCUGCCUGUUUCACCUGAACACUCUUAACUUAUUGUUUUAUUUAUAGACCGAUGUUCUUUGCAUUCCACAAGGUGAGUACAGCACAUAACAAAAAACUGUGUUCUCCAAAAAAUGAUGUUUGAACAAGAGGUAGGUUUAAACAUGUUCAACAUUAACUAGGUCAUCUGCCUGGCAACUUCUUAUGAUGCGAAAAAUACCAAAUUAACACUUGUGAGUGCCAUUUUUGUCUUAAGGCUUAAACGUUUACAGUACGUUUAAUAGAGUCUCUUGAAAUAUUGGAUCGACGAGUUUUUAUUAGCGCGCUUGCUAUGUCGAUGACCUUUGUUAGAAUAAAUUAAUUGUGAAAUGUUUCCAUUAAAAAAUGUCAAUACUUUAAAUUAUGGAAAAGAAGGAUAGACCUAUCUGUAACCUAAUUAAGAAAUGGAAAAUGAUUGUAGUAAUGGACAGAAUUGCAUUACUAUUUCUUUUUUAAACAUGUCAGGGCUCAGUCGACUUGUUUUUUUUUACACAAUCACGUUUAUUUUGGCACAGAUGAAAAUUUUCAACUGAAGCAUGACCAGGAGUUUCUGCUGUCCAUGGCGAACAGGGGCAAGGACACCAAUGGCUCCCAGUUCUUCAUAAUCAUUGUUACCCCCUCUGCUAUCAAGGUAAUGUACAGGACUUCACACCGAUCCGAUGCAGUUUCCUCUCAGUUCCAGACAUUGAAAUUCCAUUUUCCUCUGUGACCCUCUUAAUCAGUAGCAAAUGUCACAGCUGAGAUGCGCCCCUUGAGCCCUUGCUCGUGGCUGGCAUGCCUUCCACUCCCGCGUCGCUGCAUUGGCUGCAUUUCCUCCGAUAUCCGCACUUUUAAAAAAUUGUUUUCAGCAGUUAAUGUACUGCGUCAUCUUCAUUACACAACUGUGCACUAAUGCGUUACAGAUUUAUUUAAACUGGCAAUGGAUUUCGCAUUUUCGGACGUCACUCAGUAGCCACGGUGGCAAUGUAGCCUGCAAAAAAUAAAUCCAAUGGAGCGGUGAACCAGAUGCGGCGUUGUGGACAUGUGUUUUGGCGUGCGGCGUUAAAAGCUGUAAUGCAGCACAGCGCGGAAACGGAUGGCUUGUGUGAAGCAGGCAGGGGCGCUUUCCGCUCAACCUCGUAUGUCGAUUCCACCUGUAGAUGACGGUCGCGGUCCAAAUUGCGUUUUGUCUCGUGAGUUAUCGGACACGUCUCCGCGUUUGUGCCGUGUGAUGCUGGAGGCAAAAGCUCGGAGAGUUGAUCUGUGCGUUUGUCUCCCUCUUUUUCUCCCCCUCCUUUCCACGUGCUCUGUGGCCACUCUCCAUUCACACGCAUGCACUGACACCCACACACCCUGCCUCGCCACCGCACGCGCGCACGUGUGCCCGUGUUGAUCCGGUCUACGCUUGACUGACCACUGCAGCACCACCAAGCCGGCCCCUCACCUCGACGGAGAGCACGUCGUGUUCGGACGCGUCCUAUCCGGCCAGGACCUCUUGAAGGAGAUUGAGAACCAGAAGACGGACGCCAACAGCCUCCCGUACGCAGACAUUCGCGUGGUGCAUUGCGGAGAGGUCAACGAGCAGCUACGAGGCGAGAACGAUGGGCUCCGUACGGGGAGCCGCGACCGCCACUCGUCCCGCUCGGCCUCGUCCCAUUCGGACUCGGACAGCGAGGCCGAACGGGGGAGUGGCGUUGCGGGCGCGACUGGUGGGAUGCGUAAACGCAAGGCGGUGGAUGAGGACGUGGCCUCCAGGGGUGCAGCCUGCAAGCGCCCGAGGCCGGCGCACUGGGCGUCUCGGAGAUCUUCCACCGGGAGCUCGUCGAGCCGCAGCUCCGACGAGGAGCUGUCGUCGCCGAGACGUCCACGCCGCACCGUGCAGCCUGACCUGAUCCCCGCCGUGCCGCAGAAUAGUUUCCUGCUGCGAGGGAACUCCAAGCCCAAGAGCAGUGACGCCCUGCCGGGCCGGGGCAAGCCCACCCAACACCAGCCGGCCGUUUCCAAGUCGGGCCGCAAGAUCAAGGGGAGGGGCACUAUGCGUUAUCGCACGCCCUCGGGCUCCCGCUCGGAGUCGGAGGCCGUCGCUGGCGAGGUGGAGAGUUGGCGCAGCGAGACCCCCCCGCACUGGAGGGAGGAGAUGAACAAGACAAGGAACACGGCACCAGCACAGAGCAGCCAGGGCCGCUGGGCUAAGGGUGACAAGCUGGCAGAGUACGAGCGCAAGGACGAGCACCGCUCCCCAUCUCCCUGGUCGCACGAUGGCUAUGUGGAGGAGCGCGGCCAGCCAGAGCACAAGAAGAAAAAGACCAAAAAGGCAAAACACAAGAAGAAAAAAAAACACAAGAAGGAUUCUGAGAAAGAAAAAUCUCCAGCAAAAUCCAUCGAGCCACCCUCCUCGCAGUCCAGUCUGAGGUCCGAUUCCGUUGACAACCGGAAAAAGACUUCACAGCCCCUUCUCCAAACCCCAACAGAUUCCAAGGUUUUAAAGAAAUCCAGCGACGCCACCGGUAAAACACUCUCGGAUCGGUCACGAGAUGUCUCGAGUUCAAGGUCACGCUCCACGUCUUUAUCACCUUCUUCACGUUCGAGUUCGCAGUCGAGCUCCCGGCUGUGGUCUCGCAGGAGAAGCUACUCCACGUCACGCUCCAUUUCCCGCUCGCCGUCCCGCUCACAAUCCUCCACCAGACCCCGCCGCUUCCACUCGAGCCGCGGACGUUUCGCCAGGGCUCACCGCGGGUCACGCUCCAGCACGGGGUCGCGCUCGUACUCCAGGUCGAGGUCAAGGUCGCGCCGGCGGUCCUACUCGCGGAGGCGGUCGUGCGGGCGAUCUUACUCUCCCCGCGGCCAUUCCUCCUACUCCUCGCGCUCUCGCUCAGGUUCACGGGCCAGGGUGGCCCCCUCCACAGCACGGCCAGCUGCUCCCCAAAACCCCGUCGCUGUCAAAGCAGCCGAGAUUGCCAGGGUGCUGGCGCCCGUGCUGGUGCCGACGGAUGAGCCUGCGGCACCUCUGCCCCCCAUGAGUGACAGCCCUCCGCCCUCGCGUUGGAAGCCGGGGCAAAAGCCUUGGAAGCCUUCUUACCUCAACACCAAAGAGUCUCGUGGCAGUGCCGGGACUUUCCCUUCCGUUGUCUGGCACCCUCCGCAGGCUGUCGAGGGCGACAAGCAGACGGCGCCGCAAGCGCCGCAGAAGCAGAGCGUCGCCUUGGAGUCGGAGAUUGAACUGGAUGGACAGGUGCUGAUAGAGGAAGCGCAGGGCAUGGAAGGGAAGCACAGUCCUGCGAGGGUGAAGACCGCAUCCAGGUCGCAGACGAGAUCACGCUCCUCUUCCGUUUCCAUGUGCAAGGAGCUCCACAUCUCGUCACGCUCCAGGACGAGGUCCCCAUCGCGGUCGGACGCGCGUGCCAGCUCCAGGUCUCCGUCUCACUCGUGGUCCCCUGACUACAAAGCCCACUCUCUGUCCAGCUCUACGUCCUCCUCAGACUCCAGGCGUGCGGCUGUACGAGCCGAGCCCACGGAGCCGCAGCGGCCUGCAGUAAGUGGUGCCAAGGAACCUCCCCUGUCCGAAGGGGAGCUCUCACGCUUGUCAAGCCGGCCAUCCGACGUGGACUCCGCCUCCAGUGGGGUGGCGUGCCUCAAGCGCAGGAAGAAGCCGAAAGGCCUGAGGAAGAAAAAGAGCAAGAAGAAGAGGUCCCACCGCAAGAAGCAACAAAAGGCAACGAACGAGAGGGAGGGCAGUUCUGCGAGCGCAGAUUCAGGCCAAGCUGAAUUGUGCCCCUCCCGUUCCAAUGGCGACAAGAAUACCCGGGCGCGCCCCGCCCCAAGGCCUGUGGGCAACACCGAGAAGGGCAGAGCACAUGACAGUCAUUCGAAAAAAGAUGGCGACAAAAAGAAGAGGAAGAAAAAAGUGGCAGAAAAACCGAAGGGAACGUUUCACUGGCAGCCACCUCUCGAGUACGGGGAGGAAGAGGAGGAAGAAGUGGAAGAAUCGCGUGGUGACAGUCUGGUCACAGCAGCUGGCACCAGUGACAAACAGGGUCGAGGAGAGGGCAGAGCUGAUGACAUGGUGACCGAACAAGUCUCUCGUGGUGCUGAUAGCGGUGGUGGUGUAGUUGGAGUGGUGGCGGCGGCAGCGGCGGCGGUGGUAGUGGCCCAUCUUGAGGCUCUGAGCAGCACGGACGUGCGCGUUGAAAGUGGAGGUGGCAUCCCACCGAGAGUAGUCGGUGCAGUUGCCCCUGUAGAAGAGACUGCUGAGAUUACUAAAGAGAAACGCUCAGCGUUGACACCUCCUAUUGACGAAUCUAUUGAGGAGUUUGAGAAACUUGAAAACAUGAAUGGCGCAAGUGCAGACCCGGAUAAGUGUGCUCAUCAACUGGAGGCAGCGGAUGAGCUCACGGAGUUGAAUGUAGCCAUGCCAGAUGAGGUAGGGCCCAUGGACGUGUCACCUUUGAAGGACAUUACAGAGCACACCACGGACACCUGUGUUAGAAUGUCCGCAGAGAACGUACCAGCCAAGACCUCCGACCCACACGAAAGUGUCUCCCUGUGCACCAAGACGACACCUGAGCCCGGUUGUGAGCUUGCUGGUGAAGGCUCGUCAGCACGCGCAAUUACACCAGACGCAGAGGGAGCCGGAGAGUGCGCGAGCAGUCUGUGUGUGGACUCGCGCAGGGGACACAGAGAUGCAAGAGACACUCCACGCGAAUCUGUCACAGAGCAGCCGAAAACGGUGACGGCCGCCAACGUGGGUGCAGCAGCGAAGACGGAGGAGCGACAAGCAGAAGCAGCAGACAGGGUGGACGAGAGAGAGGAGGAUGCGAUGAGCCUGGAUGAGGAUGUGUCGUUGUCAGUGGUGGAGGUUCACGUACCUGCCCUCCAGGUGGAGGGUAUCAAUCUGGAGCCAGAUACUCCUUCACCUGCAGUGUAUGUCAUCAGUGACGCCGUCCCAGAGACGAGGGCAGUGGCGUCCACCAUUUUAUCGGACAAGUGGAAGCCUGUGAAGGAAACCCAAGCGGUCUUCUCUGUCGCCACUGCCAAGGCGGAGAGGGCAAACCGAAAGACGCGUGCCGGCAUUGGCGCGGGCGGAAAAGCCGUGCUCAGCGGAAUGGUUUCUGUCGGCAAUCUGAAAUGGAAACCUGUGGAGGGACCAAAGAUUUACAUAUCGCCCAAAGUGGCGGUGACCAACUUGCCCGCCAAUUCAGCCAGUGCUGGCGUGAAGGAGGAACCUGAAACUCGAUCGGACAAAGUGGUCGGCGUGGGUGGGCAGCCCCCCCGAGUGGGUGUGAAGCCAGUGCCGGGCAGUGGAGCCGCGGCACCCACCCGGGAGAAAGCGUCCACAAGGGAAUCCUCGCGGAAAGACUCGUUGAAAGUUCUCGACAUGAUCAAGAAGAAAGCGGUGAAGCCAGGCUCGCUCUUCGACGAGCUCAGCAAGACGAUGAAGCAACGGCGACAUCAGCGACCGCGAGCCAAGUCGAGCGACGGCUCCAGCGACGAGGAAGACAACGAUUAUAACGACGAUGACGACGGUGGCGGCGGCGGAGGAAGCGGCGGUGACAGUGUCGGCGGUAGAAGUGGCAAGAGGGAUGGCAGGAAGCGGCGGAGCAGCAGGCGGAGCUCGAGGCGGCGCCAACGACGGCCGGGGCAGAACAGCGGCAGUCGUGAGAGUUCCAGGAGUCGCAGGGCGUCGCGCUCCAGCCGCUCCAGCAGCUCCGAGUCGCGCUCUCGCAGCCGAUCGCGCAGCCGCUCCAGAUCCUCGCACGGGUCGGGUCGACGCCACGUGGGCAGCAGCCGAAGACGCGUGCGGGGACGCAGCCGGAGGAGUUGGAGCCACGCUCGCUCGUGGAGAAGCUUAUCCAGCUCUGACCGCAGCUACCGGCGCCGCAGGAGGUUAAGUGGGAGGGGUCCGUUCAGGUGGAGAAAGUCGUACAGCCGCCACUCGAGGUCACGGUCUCGCAGCCGCUCCCACAGCCGCCGCAGCCAUUCGAGGCGCUCCUACUCCUCCCGCGGCAGCUACCGCAGCACGAGCCGGGGUCGCGGCCGCCGCAGCUCAACCUCCGACAGCGACAGGUCACGAAGGAGCAGGACCCGCUCACGCUCCCGUUCUCGCCGGACAUCGUCGCGUUCGUCCAGCGGCAGCGGACACGGCUCCUACAGCGGCAGCGCCAGUGCGAGUAGCCGCUACAGCUAGGACGAGCGCGGAGUCAGAGGAGCUGGAGGGUUUUAGCGGGUGCCGUUUGGGUUCCGUGUGGGAGAGGGAAAAUAUACUCCGGGCGAAACCGUGCCUACACCGCAGCUGGUGUGUAAAGUCAACGGGAACUACAUCCUUGAGAGUUGCACCACACCGUGGGGGUCGCACUGCGGCGCUUGUGCCACCAGGUUAGAUGCACAACAAGCAGGUGUCCGCCACAAGUAACGUACAUCGCGAGAGACUGAGCACUGCACCCUGGCUGCGACGAUCUUGCGCCGUGCCCUAUGCAGUCGCACCACUCCUUGCGGACAUUCACACAACACUCUGGGCACAAUUACGCCACACCUUUGACAACCACUUGCUCGCGAUACCCUGCGGACAGCCACAUCACACGAUGGGUGGAAUGCAUUAGCCUGCGCGCUGGAGUCGCACUCGAACCAACGACUCACGGCGCAAUGAUAUCCAUGCAGUGAUGAUGCUGCUGUGAUGAGAAAAGUUGGAUCACACGUCAAAGCUCUCCUUUCAGUAACAAUGAGGGCAGUAGAGGUAAAGGGAAAGUGUCUUGAUGUUUUUUUUUUAUAAAUGCUGAAACAAUAUUAACAUCUUGUAAAAUUCAAGGCACUGCAAAUGAUUGGUGGUGGUGGUGGUGUGUAAAGGGUGAGAAGCAACAAAGUGAUUUUACAACUCGAGGAAAUGUUUCAAGAAUUGUAAUUUUAUAGCAGCCAAGUUCAUUACUUUGUCACAAAGUAACAAUUAUCACGGGGGGAAAAACUCACGGGGUUUGCUUCUCCACCUUGUUCCUGCGUUUCAUAAAAGCCUCAAGUUCUAAACGUCAACGCCGCUUCAAUGCUGCAGACAAGGUCACUUUCCCUGCCCGAUUCGAUGCCAGUGCAAGCGUUAAUCAUGCACGUGACUUGAUUUGUUUCGACCCAGUCUCAAUGCCAACCGUGGAACGCUGCAUCAUGCGCCGUCAUUCCACGGCUAGUUUAUGAGGCUGCUGAUGUUCUGAAUGUAUUGCUAGACUCGGUGAGCAAAAAAAAAGUGAGACCAGUGUAAAAUCUUGUUUCCUUUGCAGGUGAUGUUGGCCAACAUUGUAAAAUGCCAAUGUAGAUCAACAUUACUUAAUUUGGAGCUUUCGUGACUGCAGGAAUUACUCUUUGGUUCUUUCGGUAAAGUCAAGUAUAAAAAGAAAAUAAUAAAUUAAA